CGUUCGCGCGCGCGCGCGGAGGCAUCUUUCGCUCUUUUGCGCAUCGAACGCAUCACUGCUCGCGCUUGUUUCUGCAAGUUUUGCCGUCGGUCGUGCGAGGAUUGCACAGUUUGGCAAGCUGAUUGGUUUCGCCAGUGAUAUACCUGCCUCAUUUUACCUUCGGGAACUUUCGUUUGCUGCAGCUUCUGAAAGCAAAAACAAGGCUCGUCCCUCGUACACCUUCUCCUGCACGAUAUGUAUUGGCAUUGCCUUUUCGCAGUUUGCUCGCAAAACGUAGCGAGUGAUGAGUGCUUCUACCCGGCAAGAAAUCAGUGCAGUCAUAUCAAAGCAAUCGCUUCAGCGAUCAAUCACAACGGACAUUCGUUCCCUCGUAUUUGAUUUUCUGACGUUUUCUGCCAAUAUCAACUUUUUAAAAAUUUUGAGUGCUUUGUAAACUGGCGGCAACUCGAAUAUCAAAAAUAUUUGCCAACGAAAAUAACAAUUGAUCGAGACUCGAAUGUUGUUCAGCGCAAAAUGUUCGUAGUGUCGAAACUAUACGAAACGUAAAGUUUGAGCAGCAGUGGCACCCAUACAAAAUGCGCGUGAUCAAGAUAAUCCAAGGGUGACCAAUUAGCCGGGCAUCAGCGCGCGCACGUAAUGAAAUGACGCUCUGGCGUAUAUGCGUAUAGCACAUGUACAUAAUAGGUCGCGAGGGAAAGGUAGCGCGCGGUAUAUAUGUUCCUCUCGGGCGCGAAGUGGCGUAACUCGGCUCGCUCGCACAGGCUGCACGCGACUGGUCGGCACGUGCUUACUUCGCUUCUCCGUCAACCCUCCCGAUAGGCUUCAUUGACGCCGCGCGCGGCGCGCGUCGCGGCUAUUACGUACAUUUGGUUUCCCGACCCAUCACAGGUGCGAUCCGCGCGCGUAAUUGCGAUUGGCUCUCCUUUUCUUCAUUCGACAAUCUGACGACUCGGUGCACCGCCUUGAAAGCUGGGUCAAGUUCUCUGCCGCGGAUAUAUGUACAUGUGUGUGCUCGAUACACGAUGUCACUUCUUACAACUCUGUAUAGAAUAUUUCGACGAAGAAUACACGGAGAUCUAUGUAUUUCCUCGAUUAAGCUUUUGUACGAUGGCAAAUAUGUGCACCGUGUGAAUUUUUCAAUUGGCAAUUUUAUUGCGAUUGAAUACUACAAAAUGUUAAUGCAGAAAAUGUUUGGCAAAUUAAUAAAGACUCGUUAAAAAAGGAUCUUGACAGACUGAGAAGAAGAGGGAUCAUUAUUAUCAUUAUCACAAGUUCGAGUACUCGACGAAUGGGAUUCAUGAUUAACACUAGCAUUUAUUUAAAAUGUCGAUCCGUUAAUUGUCCGUCUUCUACAAAAAUCGAUCCGCCGUAGAGCAAACGAUUGGAUCGCUGUCAGCGAAACACAUUGCCAGGAUGGUCGCUCUGAUAAACGAGAAUCAAGCGAAAUUUUUCGACGUCGACAGCGAUCGCUUCUCGAGCGCUCUCGCAGUGACGGAGGAGGACACCGGAGGAGGUACCGAGUCCGACCAAUUCACCGAGCUCUGCCUCGACGAGCCUUUCUUGGCCAUUUCAACGCCCGAUGAGUCCAAAACUCUGCGAUUGUCACAGUUCAACAAGCAAACCUCACGCUUGUCGGCAAAACGUAUCUUGAAGCUGAUGAACCGUUGCGAGAGCAUACGCGAGCUUUCGCUGUCAUUCUCGUUACUGAGCGACGAACUUCUGAGGGCACUUAGCAGUGACGAAACGCUGCGCUUGGAAACUAUGCGAGUCGAGGCUCACCCUGAGGCGAAACCAACCGUGAACGUCAGCUCCGAGACGUGGUCCAAUUUUGCCAACCACUUGCCAGACCUCAACUUUGUUUUAUUAUCGUACCUGACGGAAGCAACGGAUUACGAGAGCCUGCUGGCUCCUCAUGUUCCACUGACGCAUCUGUACUUUGGCGAAAACGCUCCUUCAUCAGUUAUAGCCACUGUAGGCGAGCGAUGUCCACGACUCAUAGAAUUAGUUGUCGGUGCCUAUGGCCCAGAGACAAUGGACGAAACUCUCUUCACUGCUGCUAGAGGUUGCCCUAAACUUGCUGCCGUUGGACUGGGCGAUUGUGAACUCACAUGCUCCGGAUUCAUAAAGUUCGUCAGCAUAUGCUGCGAACGGCUGCAAGUAUUGUGCAUAUCAGAUACGUCUUUAAUCGAAGAUUCAGAAUAUGAUAUAGCCAUAGUUUCGACUAAAGUUUCGGAGCUUUUAGGUAAAUCUUGGGAACCUAAUUAUGUUCCUUACUGGUAAACUUAAGACUUGUUAUAAGUGUCACAGUUUUAAUCGUAAUUAUUUACUGAAUCAAGUUUCGAUGCAAUAAUAUGUUUAUCGGCAACGCAAAUAAUUAUUAAAUACUUAUAAAAGGUAUGAUGUACUUAUUAUUUGUGUUCAUAAGUUAUUAGAAAAUCAUCGAUGCAUUUACUCGACUUUAUUCUUCGCUUCUAUGUAGAAAUGCAUAUUCAUCA